GACCCUGAUCCAGCCAUCCUCAGGGUGAGCCACAGGGUCCCGUGGGGGGCUUUGCUGACCCCGCGAAGGCUCCGGGGGCGUUAGCAUGUCCAGCGAGGCGAGCACGCUGGGGACCUCACCCCGGCCCCCACGGCCGGGGACCCAGAAGUCGUCUGGAUCGACGACUAAGAAGGGGGAGCGCGGGGCCAAGGAGAAACCAGGGACCGUCCUGCAGCCGGUAGGCGAGGAGGAGUCCAAAAAUCCUGAGGAGUACCAGUGCACCGGGGUCCUGGAGACAGACUUCGCGGAACUGUGCACACGAUCCGGCUACACUGAGUUCCCCAAAGUUGUCAUCCGGCCCCGGCCCCACCCGGCCUGUGUUCCCUCAGCUUCUUUGUCAGAAAAGCCCAACCCUGAUGAGCGGCUCUCGGCAUCCUGCAGCAUCAACAGCAUGGAGAGCAAAUACGUGUUCUUCCGGCCCACCAUCCAGGUAGAGCUGGAGCAGGAUGACAACAAGCUGGUGAAGGAGAUCUACAUUCGCGGUUGGAAGGUUGAUGAUCGGAUGCUCGGCAUCUUCUCCAAAUGCCUGCCCGCUGUCAGCCAGCUACAGGCCAUCUACUUGUGGAAGGUGGGGAUCACUGACAAGACCCUGGCUACCUUCAUCGCCAUCCUGCCUCUCUGUUCAUCCACACUCAGGAAGGUAUCUCUGGAGGGGAACCCAAUUCCAGAGCAGUCCUAUCACAAGCUCAUGGCUGCGGACAGCACGAUCACGCAUUUGUCUCUGAGGAACAACAACAUCGACGACCACGGGGCGCAGCUCCUGGGCCAGGCGCUGAGCACGCUGCACAGCUGCAACCGGACCCUGGUGUCGCUGAACCUGGGCUUCAACCACAUCGGCGACGAGGGCGCGGGUUAUAUCGCGGACGGCCUGCGGCUGAACCGCUCACUGCUCUGGCUGUCCCUGGCGCACAACCGCAUUCAGGACAAGGGCGCCCUGAAGCUCGCGGAGGUCCUGCGCCCCUUUGAGCUCACGCACACGGAGGUGGUGGAGCGCCGGCGCCUCCUGCUGGAGAAAGGAUCGCAGGAGCGGUCGCCAUCGCCCUCCACCUCUAGACAUGGGGACUCCCGUGAGAAGCCUCAGAUGACGGGUGUCAGCAGUGUUGCAUUGGUGGACAAGUCAGAGAAGGCACAGGCGGCAAAAACACCUAAGGGCUUGGCCAAGAAAAAGGAGAAAGCGGGGGAAGUAGUCAAGAAGGAUGAGAAGUCAGGGUCCGGGCAAUCACCCACACCAGGAGCUGCUAAGAAAGAAGACGCGACGAAGUCAGCCAAGGGGAAGGUGACCAUCCCUGAGCAGAAGCUAGCCAAAGGGAAAAAUGUCAAGACUGGGGGUAAAGAGAAACGCAGCAUCUUUCUGGAGUCAGAGCAGCUGGUUGCUGAAGCUACUGAGAUGGUCAACCCUCUCCUGGAGCCUGUGGAACACAGAGAUGGGAAGGUCUUCAUGCCUGGGAACAAGGUCCUUUUGCACCUCAACCUCCUUCGAAACGGUAUCACAGAGGUGGGGCUGGAAGGCUUCCUCACGGCAGUUCGGUACCAAGUACAGUUUUCUAAGCAUAAGACUUCAUCCAAGGGCCCAAUGGGAUUGCUAUGGCUGUCUCUGGCGAAAAACUACUUCCACCCGCAGUGUCCCACAUACGCCAUGAUCCAGGAGCUGAUGCUGCCAAGGGACCCCAUCAAGUCCAAGCUGAAGGAGGAGGAGGCCACUGCUUUCCCCACCUAGCCCCCUCCUGCUGUCUUCCCCGAGACUUGGCCACAGAAGCACCUCUGUCUCUGGGUGGGCUGAUUCCUCCUCUCUCCCACCCCUCUCGCAAGAUUCAUACCCGUAACAAAAUCUGCUGUACUGUUCUUUGAAAACCGUCUCAGCACUAUUUGGAACAUUUGGACUCGAGUUUGUUCAUGUUUAGAAAUGGCAUGGGAGUGAUGGUCUGAAUCACUCUACGGUUCUCCUGGGGGUGAUCUUAGCCCUUCUGGGACCAUUCUUCAGCCACUGCUCCUCUCUUCUGCUCUCUAGGUUCUUGUCCCAGCAAGUCACUCCUCCCCCACAGUGUCCCCAAAGGGCACGCCCUCCACCAAGAUGUCAGCUUUGGUCUCAGGCAGAGGGCAGUUCUGGGAUGGAACCAGUCACCCAUGGCAUAGCUGUGGAAUAGUGUAUGAAUAAGUAGGGUGAGGAACUGAGAGCAGUCCCCCCCCCCUUCCCCUUUCUGCUUAUCUUCACCCAGGUGUUUAACUGUUCUGAAACCCUCUGGACCAGAUGCUAAGUGUCUCAACAUCUGUAUAGCAAAGGCCAAGCAUUAAAGUGAAAUCGAGGAUACCCAGAGUGUGGGGCUGCUGCAGUCUUUGCCCUUCAGUCCUGCCUCCAGGCCUGGAUUCUGCAAAGCCCACCUCCAAUGCAUAGAGGGGCCCACCAGAAAAGGUGUGGAGAUGGCCAACCUUUCUCC